AUGUCGGUUAGAAAGGAGAUUGAUGACCCGGGUGGAACAAUAAUUGAGGAUAUUUCUGGUGAGUCUGUUCCAAUUAAAAAUAAUUAUAAAGACAAUAUUCCUAGUGCUGAGAAACUACAUUAUGACAAAAAUAUUCGUUACCGCUUAAGUGAUUCAGGCCCAUUUAUUGUUUAUAUUGAGUCUACCGACAAGAACAUUGGAAAAUUACAUGCUAUCAGAGUUGGACAUUAUUUACAUUUAAAUAAUUUCAAAAGUAGCAUUGCUGAAAUCAAAUCUAUUGGUAGGAAUAAAAUUAAAGUAGUUUUGAAUAAUGCAUCAUCGGCCAACAAUAUUGUAAGUAGCGACUUUUUAGAAGUCAACAAUUUAAUUGCUUAUAUCCCACAGUUCUUUGUGGAACGUCGUGGUUUAAUACGCUCAGUUGACACAGAAUUUACAGAAAUAUAUCUAUUAGAAAAACUUAAAGCUGAGAAUCCAGAUAGUAAUAUUAAACAAAUAAAACGACUAAAGCGUAGAAUCACAACAGAAACAAAUGAUAUUAAACUAGUAGCUAGGCAACUUGUAUGUAUAACAUUUAUUGGAUCUUCUUUACCAAAAGAAGUCAUAAUCAAUAGUUGUAUUUUUCCGGUGGAACCGUACAUAUAUCCCGUUAUACAAUGUGAAAGAUGCUUAAGAUACGGACAUAUGACACAACAAUGUAAAGGGAAGGAGCGCUGUAAAAACUGUGGUGAAAACCAUAGUAAUACGGAUUGUUCUAUGGUAACCAAAUGUUUACAUUGUAAUCAGCAACAUUCGGCAUUUAAUAAAUUCUCGUUGUUGGCUAAUGAUUCUAGCAGUUUUCCUCCACUACCUUCUAGAAAUGUCAAUUUACCAUCAGUAUGCAGUAUCUCUAAACCGAGAGUUGUGAGAAGAAAUUCCAUAUCUAGUAACACCUCCGAAUCGUUAAAAGAAAGAAGACUGAAUGAGAGCGAAAAUAUUGAUAAUGAAAAAGUUGAAAAGAAUACGGCCAGUUCGUCAAUCUUACCAAACCCUUAUAGGGAUGAGUUUAUGAUGCAUAAAGAAAAAAUAGUUGAAGGCAUUUCUAAUAUAAUAUUCAGCUUUCUUUCCGAUGUGUCGAAUUGGAAGGCUAGUUUUCAUAAUGAUCCAAAUUUAAUUAAAAAGCAAAUUUCAAAGUUAUUAGAAAAUUUAUCCACAUCUAAUGGCACAUAA